GGGCUCCGCGCGCGCGGGGCGGCGGCGGAGGACGGGGCUCGGCGCCGGGCUUGCCUGAGCGGCCGCUCUUGCAGCCGCGGAGAUGCACACUUAUUAAUGCACGAGCGGUUUUCCUUUUUGGGGGCCUUUUUCCCCCCCCCAUUUUGGGCUUGCCUUUUUUUCCCCCUUUUUUCCUCUUUUUUCCCUUUUUCUUGACUUCUUUUUUUUCCUGCUCAGUACCUCGCAACCGCCAAAUAAUACCUGCACAAACUCCUGGGUACUGACUCCGCCGCCGCCACCACGCGUCCUGGAGUCAGGGUUUUCGGGGCUGCGGGGGGCUCUCCUCCUCCCCCCGCCCCUGCGGCGGCGCACGCUGGCCGUGCCCGGCAUUGAGAGACUUUCCGCGGCGGGCGCGCUGCUCUCCUGAAACGUCGGGGGCAAGCGAAAAGCACUUGUGAACUGGACCGGCUGCUGCGGGGAGGGGGGGAGCCCCGAGGGGGAAAGGAGAGAAAAAAAAGCCAGAGCGAGCCGACCCCCCUCCAAAAAAAACAGAAAAGAAAAGAGAGGAGGGGGGGGAAAAUACCCCAACCCACAAGCCAGCUUGGACGGGCGGCUCGCGGCGCUGCCUCUGCAGAAACUCUCGCGGAGCGCGGGCGGGCGGGCCCGGCGCCGCCGCCGCUGCUGCGCGGGGGAACGGACCGCGCCGCCGGGGACGAGGCGCCGGUGUGGACGGAGGAGCGGUGCAGGGAGCGGGGGCGCGGCCGCGGGGCGCUGCGCGGCCGGCUGCGCCGCCCCGGUGCCGCGGUGAGAAGUUGCGCGCCCUGCCCCGCGCCGGAGCGGCGCUGAGCCCCGGCGAGCCGCCCCCCGCCGCCGCCGCGAUGGUGCAGCAGACCAACACGGCGGAGAACACGGAGGCGCUGCUGGCCGCCGAGACCUCCGACUCCGGGGCCGGCAUCGAGCUGGGCAUCGCCUCCUCGCCCACGCCGGGCUCCACCGCCUCCACGGGCGGCAAGGCGGACGACCCGAGCUGGUGCAAGACGCCCAGCGGGCACAUCAAGCGGCCCAUGAACGCCUUCAUGGUGUGGUCGCAGAUCGAGCGGCGGAAGAUCAUGGAGCAGUCGCCCGACAUGCACAACGCCGAGAUCUCCAAGCGCCUGGGCAAGCGCUGGAAGCUGCUCAAGGACAGCGACAAGAUCCCCUUCAUCCGGGAGGCGGAGCGGCUGCGCCUCAAGCACAUGGCGGACUACCCCGACUACAAGUACCGGCCCAGGAAGAAGGUGAAGUCGGGCAACAGCUCCGCCAAGCCCGGCGACAAGGCGGACAAGGCCGGCGGGGGCGGGGGCAGCGCGGGCGGCGGCGGCGGCCCCGGCCCCGCGGCCCCCUCCAAGCCCGCCCCGAAGAAGGGCGGCGGCGGCGGCGGCCCCAAGCCCUCCCCCGCGGGCGCGGGCGGCGGCGGCAAGCCGCACGGCAAGGCGGCGGCGGGCGGCAAGGCCGCCCCCUUCCCCGGCGAGCCGCCGGCCGCCCUGCUGCCCCCCGACCACCACGGGCUCUACAAGCCCCGCGGGGCGGCGGGCGGCGCGGCCGCGCCGGCGGGCCCCGGCAAGGCGCCGGCGGAGAAGAAGCUGAAGCGGGUGUACAUCUUCGGCAGCGGGCAGGCGGCCGCCGCCUCCGCCUCCCCCGGCGGCGCCGUGCCGGGCAGCCCCACGCUGAGCAGCUCGGCGGAGGCCGGCGACCCGCUGAGCCUCUACGAGGAGGGCGGCGGCGCGGGGUGCCGGCCCGACGGGGACUGCAGCAGCGCCGCCUGCCCCUCGCCGCCCGGCUCCGGCUCGCCCUCGGACCACCGCAGCUACACCAGCCUGCGGGCCGCCUCCCCGGCCCCCUCGACGGCGCAUUCCUCCUCCGCGUCCUCCCACUCCUCCUCUUCCUCCUCUUCCGGCUCCUCUUCGUCGGACGACGAGUUUGAAGACGACCUCUUGGACCUGAACCCCAGCCCCGGGUUUGAGAGCAUGUCCCUGGGCAGCUUCAGCUCCUCCGUGCUGGACCGGGACCUGGAUUUUAACUUCGAGCCCGGCUCAGGCUCGCACUUUGAGUUCCCGGACUACUGCACGCCGGAGGUAAGUGAGAUGAUCUCGGGGGACUGGCUGGAGUCCAGCAUUUCCAACCUGGUCUUCACCUACUGAGGCGAGCGCUGGGCAGAGCUCGAGGAGGCACAGACGCGUUGCUGGGAGGACUCGCCCACCCCGCCGGGGCUUUUUUGUUUCUUUUUCUGGGAAGGGGCCGGUGAGACUGCUUCCUGCGCUUUGGGAGAGCGGCGGCGGCAAGGGGCUCGCCUUCUCCGUGCAGAAUAAACCCGAGUCCCCUUCCUCCGGCUGCAGACAGGCCCGCACACACCCCCUUCCGAGAGACGACCCUGAUGUUGUUGCUUUUUCAGAGACUGGCGGGAGUGAAACGCUGUCUUUUCUCUUUUUUUUCCUACUAAUUUUUUCUUCUUUUCCUGAAAAGAGAGACAGAGAAGGGAGGGAAAAAAAAAAAACCACAUACACCUCUGGGUUCUUUGUUAUUGCCCACUUUAUACGAAAGAGGACGGGGAGUGAUGCAUUGUGUUGAGCGUACUGGAUAUCUUGAGUGUGUUUUACCCUUUGCUGGGAAAGAGAGAUCAGAACUGCUUUAAAAAGGAGGAGGAGGAAAAAAAAAAAAAAAAAAAAAACACACCCAAGCCUUUGCAAGGUUCACGUUUCGGGGGAGAAAUCCUGCGGCGGUUUCUUCCUGCAGGGAGAGGAGGCGAAGAUGAUGGGAGGAGGAGAGGGCGGAUGGAGCUAGGAGCCGAACUGAGAUCCUAGUUAAGCGCAGAAGAGCCAGACUUAAACAUGAGACCUGUCUUGGAAAUACGAUGGGGGGAAGAUAAUAAUAAACUGAAACGGAUUUGCACGUACAGAUGAGGUGGCAGCAGCGCUUUUCUCAGUCACCUUAUGUUAUAUGUAGAGAGAAAAAUAAAGCCGAACUUCAAGAACACUGAAAACUUCUUUUGAAACAGAGAAUCAGAACAGUUUCUGUAACGAUGUGGUACAGGGGAAAUGGAGGGCGAUUGCUUUUGCAAAAAAAUGAAAAGUCAAAAAAAGUGUAGUUUUUUCUUCUUACUCAGAAUCGUGAUGGUGUUGGAUUAUUUCACUGGUGGGGUUUAAUAUAGCAUGUUAUCCUGUCUAUCUUUUUAAGAUUUCUGUAAGACUGUUGAACAGUUUAAAAAAAUAGUGUUAGGAUAAUAUAAAAGCAGAUAGAUGGCGCUAUGUUUGAUUCCUACAAAAAUAUCACCAGCUUUUUUUCAUUCUUAACUCUUUAAAGGAUUCAAACGCAACUCAAAUCUGUGCUGGACUUUAAAAAAAAAAAUUCAGGACCAAAUUUUUUCUCAGAGUAUGUAUGUGUUUGUUCCUUAUAGCUGUAAAUGAAAAGACUGUUUUUUCUCACCGAUGCUCCAUCCUCGUAUUGUUUUAUUUUUUUCCUUGUAAAUGUAAUCGGAUGCCAUUUUAUAAGUGGACGUAUUUAUACUGGCCAAACAUUUUUGACUUGUAUUUCUUUGUCCUUUUUUGGUAGUUCUCGUUGUUACCCGCACCAUUUUUAUGUCUCCUUCACUGAAGGGCUAGAGUUUUAACUUUUAAUUUUUUAUAUUUAAAUGUAGACUUUUUGACACUUUUAAAAACAAAAAGAGAAGAGAGAUGAAAACGUUUGAUUAUUUUCUCAGUGUAUUUUUGUAAAAAAUAUAUAAAGGGGGUGUAAAUCGGUGUAAAUCGCUGUUUGGAUUUCCUGAUUAUAACAACAGGGCCGCUGGUUAGUAUCUCACACACGUGUGCGCUCACACACACUCACACUCACACACAAAUCAGCCCCUAUUUUGUCCAUGUUUACACUCCAAUCUGCAGGCAUCUUAAAGUGACAGCAUCCCUCAGCCGCCGCCAGUGCCCGCUGUGCAGCCCCACUCGUGGCUGGAGGUGGGGGGCGGCCAGGGGAGGGAGGGGGAAGGGAAAGACUCAAGCGUAUAUACACUGUAUGCUGCCGUUUCGGGGGGAAGCAUAUCCCGAAAUUAGGUAAAGCAACUGGUGCAUUGACGUAGAAGGGAUCCUGUACCUUUAACUUGUAAACCACAUCUUUUGCACUUUUUUAUAAGCAAAAACGUGCCGUUUAAACCACUGGAUCUAUCUAAAUGCCGGUUUGAGUUCGCGACACUAUGUACUGCGUUUUUCAUUCUUGUAUUUGACUAUUUAAUCCUUUCUACUUGUCGCUAAAUAUAAUUGUUUUAGUCUCUUAUGGCAUGAUGAUAGCAUAUGUAUUCAGGUUUAUAGCUGUUGUGUUUAAGAUGAAGAAAGUGAAAACAUCUUUGUACAUUUAAGUCUGUAUUAUAAUAAGCAAAAAGAAGAUUGUGUGUUUAUGUAUGUUAAUAUAACAUGACAGGCACUAGGACGUCUGCCUAAUGAGGUGGUUCCGUUAAGGGUUUACCUUUUUUUUGUUCUUUUUGUUAUUUUUUGGUCAUCCAUCCUGUGCAAUAUGCUGUGUAGAAUAUAUAUAUAUAUAUUUUUUUUUGUCUAACGAUCACCCCACAACGCAACGUUGGGAAAGAAGAAGAAAAAAAAAUCAUGCCAGCUAACCAUGUCUCAAGUUCACUGCCUGUCAGAUUGUUGAUAUACCUUCUGUAAAUAACUUUUUUUGUUUUCUUCGGGAAGGAAAUAAAAUCAGCUGGAACUGAACCCUAAAA